AUGGCCACCAACCCGCGCUUCGUGGCGUCAUUCGACGUGGAGAGCAGCGACAAGUACACCAGCUUCAUCGCCGGCAUCCGCAGCAGGCUGGCCAACACGAAGCACUACUCCCACAACGUCCCCGUGCUGCCGCCGGCGGACCCGCCCGGCACCCCGCCGCGCCGGUGGUUCCACGUGGUGCUCAGGACGCGGACCAGCACGCUCACGCUCGCCAUCCGGGCCGACAACCUCUACCUGGAGGGCUUCCGGAGCAGCAACGGCGCGUGGUGGGAGCUCACCCCCCGCAUCAUCGCGGGCGCCACCCACCUGGGCUUCGGCGGCACCUACCGCGACCUCCUCGGCGACACGGACAAGCUGGCCGGCGUCGCGCUCGGCCCGCAGCAGAUGGCCGAGGCCGUGAACGCGCUCGCCGGGCGCACCGCGGCCGACGCCGGCUCGGGCGCCAAGCAGCAGCAGGCGAGGGAGGCCGUGGUGGCGCUGCUGCUCAUGGUGAACGAGGCCGCGCGGUUCCAGACCGUCUCGGGGUUCGUGGCCGGCCUGAUGCACCCGAGGGCGGCGAAGAACAAAGGGGCCAUCACCGGGGAGAUGAAGGCGCAGGUGAACGGGUGGCAGGACCUCUCCGCGGCGCUGCUCAAGACGGAUAAAUAUGAAGAAGAGAAGCCUAAUAAACAAGACAAGAAGAAGCCGGAGAAAAAGGGCCCGGAAACGUUCCCGGCGUUUGACAAGAUGGGGGUGAAGACGGCGGACCAGGCCGCCGCCACGCUGGGGAUCCUGCUGUUCGUCGCCGUGGAGGGCGGGAUGGCCAGGGACAAGGCGCUGCAGCUGUUUCGUGGGACUCCAAAUUACUAG